AGUUCACUUGAACAGCUGUGAGCGAUCGACGUUGGUCGGGAAGCAAUCACAAACACAAACACAAGCACACGCACCCACACAGAGAGAGCAGAGCCAUAUAUGCUGUAUAUGCAAGGCAUAUAUGCAUAAUUACAUACAGCGCAGUACAUGGGGGCUGCAUAAGAAACAAGCACAACAAAAUCACAAAUACACAAAUGUACAACAAAAUACGUAAAAACGUAAAAUCUUUUGCGUAGUUCAUUCGCUCGCGUCGCGCUCGUUUCUUCACUUACUCCACUCCACUCCACUCCAAUCCGAUUCCACUUCCAAUCCAAACCCAACUCGUAUCUCAUCGCUUCGGUUUCGUUGCGUUGCGUUGCGCUGCGCCGAGAGUUUCGUUUCGUUUUCGGUGCUUCUUCAGUUCACAGUUCAGUUCAGUUCGGUUGGGAUUCAGUUGGAUUCGAAUCGAUGUUUAGUGUAGAUUGGCCAGGACACGGAGGACCCAACUCAACUAAACGCGGCGUGUAGAACCAUUCAAACUAACUAACUAAGUCUAGUAACUCUGUCUAGAAACCUGAGUGCGUGUAAACCGUGGCAGCCAAAGAGCUGAGAUAUAAGCAACCGAUCCCGCUUAUUGUCGAGUGAUAACACCGAGACCGAGAUUGGCCAGAAGCCAGAAACAUUCGGAACCAGCUGGAGUUCAAACAUCAAAACAUUAUCAAAACAUUUGUGUUUCAAAAUCAACACGUAAACGUAAAGCAAACAAACACAGUCGAAAGCGCGAGUGCAGCAGUAUUAGUAGUGACCACACACAGAUACACACACACACACACACACACACAUAUCAUUACAUACGUGUGUAACUCUCUGCACAUAAAUGCGAGCCAAUCUAUUUAAUUCAGUUUCAGUGCAUUUAUAAAUUAAUAAAAUUUACCAAGUGCGAGAGUGAGGGAGCGACACGGACACGCACACCUAUGCAAGCUCAUUACACGGACGCAGCGAACGUGAGUCUUGGAAUAUUGCAAACAACAACAACAAAAGCAGUAGCAGCAGCAACAGCAACAACAACAAAACAUAAAGCGAAACAGCAAAAAAUAAAUAAAUAACGAGGAACCAGUUUCACCUUGAGGAGCAAUACCUAGUGCACACUCGCACUCACACACGCGCAGCGCACAUGUGCAGCAGUGUGCGCCAAAUGAAACAGAAACAGCCCGAUCUUACUGCGACCACGGACACAUAGUGCAUAUAGUGCACAUAGUACACAUAGUACACAUAGUGCACAGCCUAGAGUGCCCACAGUAGACAUAGUGCCCACCACAUAAUUUCGUGAUAAAGCCCCGGAGAACCGGAGCAUCGGAGCAUCGGAGAAACUGAGCGCUCCACCUUAUCGGCAACCCACUGCCACUGGUUCGGCUACUAUGCUCCAGCGGGGAUCGGGACAUCAUCGCUGGGAUAGAGACACCGAGGCCAGGACUGGGAUGCAGUUGCAGCAGCGGCCCCAAACGCACUGAAAGAUGAUAGCUAAGCCCAACCAGGACACCACCACCACCACCGAACCACCAUUGAGCUUGCGCCCCGGAACAGUGCCAACGGUUCCAGCAACCACCCCAGCCACAUCGGCCAGACCAGUCACUUCAGCCAGACCAGCUACCAUCCAGCGAAGGAAUCCAGCCCCGAAAGCGGACUCACCACCCCACACUUUGCCACCGUUCUCGCCAUCGCCAUCGCCUUCGCUUUUGCCUUCGCCUUUGCCAGCGCAAAACCCAGAAGCGCAAAAAACACAAAGCCAGCCAGCUAUUACUCAUCCAGCGGCUGUGACUUCGCCUUCCGCGCCUGUUGCUGCAGCUGCACCGAAGCGCCCCAAGACCCCGGAACCCCGGAGCACCCACACUUACAGGCCCGACCACAGCCCCACCAGCAGCCAGCUCGUCACCCCCCCAACCGAAUCCGAAUCCGAAAUGGACGACGAAAGAUCUCCGAGCCACAGCGGCCAUGAAAUGACACUGAGCAUGAACGGCAUCGAUUCCAGCCUGGUGUUCGGAUCUGCACGGGUUCCUGUCAACUCCAGCACCCCGUACUCGGAUGCGACUCGAACCAAGAAACAUUCGCCCGGCCAUAUCAAGCGACCCAUGAACGCCUUCAUGGUGUGGAGCCAGAUGGAGCGGCGCAAGAUCUGCGAGCGGACUCCGGACCUGCACAACGCGGAGAUCUCCAAGGAGCUGGGCCGCCGGUGGCAGCUGCUCAGCAAGGACGACAAGCAGCCGUACAUCAUCGAGGCGGAGAAGCUGCGCAAGCUGCACAUGAUCGAGUAUCCGAACUACAAGUACAGGCCCCAGAAGAAGCAGACGCGCUCCCCGGGAUCGCUGAAGCCCAACCAGGACGCGGACGGCUGCGAAGCCAGAAAUGACACGCCCAACAACAACAACAACAACUCACUGACCACACUUGCAAUUAAUGGAACCACCAACACUGCCGGCCGGAAAAGCAAAAGAUCUACCUCUACAUGUCAAUCGGGUUCCGCUUCGAAACGAUUGAGGAACGACUCGGGUGAUACCUCCAAGCCUAAGUACGAAGUUAAGUUGGAGUCUGCUGAGCAGCUCAACUCCGCGGAUAUUAUACUACCCUCAGCCGAUAAUCUGUUAAGCUAUCAAUCGUCUGAAUACUUACCUCUAAGCACGCACAGCAACGCCGACUGCGACGAGAAGCUGCACUCAGAGCUGAGCUCGGGUCCGCUGGAGCAGCGGGAGAACCUGUCGGAGGUGGUCCACCGGUUCCUGCCGCUCUUCCUCGGCGGCAACGAGGACUCGCAGCUGGGUGUGAGUAGCCUGGCGCAGAGCCAACACAACCAGUCGGAUCCCACCGCAGGAUUGAUGGACAACCUCUCCGGUAUCAGCCCCAUCAACGACCGCGAGGAGCUCUCCGAGGAGGUGAUGCGGUACCUGCCCUACCUGGAGGUGAAUCCCACGAGCGACGGCCUCACCCUCAAGGUGGAGUCCAGCCUGCUGGACAAUCCGCUCAACGAGCCCGUGUUCGACUCCGAAGACAACAUUGUGAACGACGCCAACUUGCACUCGGCCAGCCAUCAAAUACCUCCAUAUGUGCCUGACAGCCACGAUUGCUUUGCGGAGGACUGCGGCGGGGAUAGCUCCUCGCACCAGGUGGAGUUCGAGGUGGCGCGGCCCCAGACGGUGACCAUGACCAUGACCUGCACGCUGCCCUACGGCGGACCGGACGGUGGGCACACAUUCCAGGCCGACGACUUCAACGCGAUCCCGUCGGCCGCCGAGGACAGCGAGUGCAGCAUUCUGACCACCUCCAACUCGCCGCAGAUCGGCUUCAACGGGAGCAGCUUCGUGGAGGCGGACGCCAUCGGGAGCACUUGUACAUACGCGCAACAAGACUACACCGGAAGUGUAAUUGAAACACACAAUGAUCUCAACUACGCCGCACACGAUAACAACGGAGCUCUGCUAGCCUACACAUUUGAGGACUUGCCGCCUCAGCCAACCGGUAGUCAUUUAGAGUUUAACACUAACAAGUACGAGUUUGCAAGUUAUUAUAAAAUGUGAGAGAUAUUUAAGUUUGUGUAAUUUAUAACUAAUCUAAUUGUACGUUUAUAAUUUUACACCAAAUUAUAUAUAAAAAUAUGUAUAUGUAUGCAGAUAAUACCAUAUAUUCCAUAAAUUCUAUAUACAUACAAAAAACGCGAGA